UAACCAGCAGCAGCAAAGCCUUGAUGGUCAGUCGCGUUGUCUUCACAUUUGAUGCCAUUCCUUGUUUAGUGUUGAGUUGGCGUCGUGCAAGUUGGAUGUGCUGUUUUAACCUUUCCAUCAAUUUCUUUUUGUUCACGGAUAACAGGAAUUCAAAAGUGGAUUGAACCGCGUCAUUUUGAACGUUUGGAACAGAAACUGACGACAUGUCUGCUGGAGAGGAUUACAGUGCUGGUUUGUUGGAGAAUUCCCAUAACAAAAAGCCGACUCACUCUCAGGUUAUCAAAGAAGUAAUCAACUGGUUUUACGGGCCCGAUGCAGGAAAGCUCAGUAAAGAAUGGAGCAAACGGCUUUUGCGGCCGAGACCAAGACUGACGCAGGCACUCAGCACCACCACGCCGGAAUAUGUCACGUACGACACGGCCAAUUACCCCGCACUACACGGACCAUCCGCCAGGAUUCCCUAUCACGUCAUCAUAUUGGGAGGUGUUCUAAUCCUGGCCGUCUUUUAUCUUUUACUUUUCCUCGUCAUCAGUCGUUUAAGGUGUUGUAGAAAGAAUCAACAGCGAACGGCUCGCCGGAGGAGCAGGGAGACUUUGAGAGAAGCCAAUGGAUUGUAUCACAUUGAAGGAGAUGUGCUGGGCAGUGGUAAUGUCCAUUCUUCUUCGCCCAAAUUGGGUGAAACAGACGAUUCGCCACCACCGUCUUAUGAAGACGCUAUGAUUGCCUGCGGCCAUAGCCCUCAACAGUUGCCGGCGCAAGCUAAAACCAAUCAGGCAACACCUUCGAAUGUUAAUAACGGCGAAGAUGUCGAACGCGCUUGAAUGAAAGGUAUGAGUAAAGACUAGUAGCAGUAUUGUGACUUAUAGGUGGAACUAACACGGGAAAAUCUUACUCAAAGAGCAUGUUACAUAUUUUCUGGAAGGUCUUUCAGCAUUCGGUUGUCCUUAAGUGUAUAUAUAUUAUACAGUACACUAUUUGUGAGGGUACACAUACUUGGUGGCGUCUUUUUAAAAGGAUGAAAUCAUUUCAUUUUUAUGUUUAUUAUGUCAUUUCCGUUUCUCGUUGCACAAAUAAACCCAUUUCGAGAUGUACUUUUAUAA